AUGGAUUAUGAAAGAGCAUCGGCAUUGCCUCCUCAUGUCUUCAUAUUCCCCUUACCAAUUCAAGGGCCAGUCAAGUGUAUGCUAAAACUUGCAGAGCUCUUCUGUAUUAAUGGCCUGCAAGUCACUUUCCUAAACACACAACACAUCCAACGUUGUUUAUCAAACUUCACUAAUGUUGAAAAAUAUUUUCAACGCUAUCCCAAUUUUCGUUUUGAAACAGUGCCCGAUGGCCUUCCCGAAGACAAUCCCCGCACAGCCAAUGAAUUUUUCGAGAUGUUGGAUUCUAUGAAAGCUGUGGGUGUGCCACUAUUUCAGGAAAUGGUAACUUCUGGUCCCUAUGGUUCCAACUCUGAGAACCCAAUAACUUGUAUAGUGGCCGAGGGAGUAUUCUGCUUUGCAGUUGAUAUUGCUAAACAGAUUGGGGUUCCACUCCUUUAUUUCGAUACUAUUAGCCCUUGUAGUCUAUGGACUUAUCUCUGCCUUCCCAAACUGAUUGAAGCUGGGGAGUUUCCUUUCAAAGGGGAUGACUUGGACGAGAUUGUUGUUAUUGCACCAGGAAACGAAGGUUUUCUAAGGCGCCGGGAUCUUCCUGGCUUUUAUCGCACCAAGGACCUUAAUGAUCCUAAUAUCCAAUCAGUUCUAAAGGAGAACAAGAACCUUCCGUUGGCCCAAGGGCUGAUUUUGAAUACAUUUGAGGAACUCGAUGCAUCCAUAUUAUCAGAAAUGUCCAAAAUCUGUCCAAAAAUCUAUGCCGUUGGGCCGCUCCACACUCACCAUUGGAAGUCUAGCAGUCAUGACCAAAGAACAACUCAUGGAAAUCUGGUAUGNNNNGAACAACUCAUGGAAAUCUGGUAUGGUUUGGUGAACAGUGGAACGAGAUUUUUAUGGGUCCGAAGGCCGGGUUCAGUUGUUGGAUUGGAGAAAGAAUUUGAGAUUUCCAUGGACUUCUCUCAAGCUACAAAAGAGAGAGGGUAUAUUGUGAGUUGGGCUCCACAAGAGGAGGUCUUAGCCCACCCAGCAAUUGGAGGGUUUUUGACCCAUAGUGGAUGGAACUCGACAUUGGAGAGUAUGGUGGAGGGGAAGCCAAUGAUAUGCUGGCCACAUUAUGUUGACCAGCAGGUGAAUAGUAGGUAUGUGGGAGAGUUUUGGAAGCUUGGUUUGGACAUGAAAGAUACAUGCGACAGAGUGACAGUUGAAAGGAUGAUUAAGGAGCUUAUGGACUCGAAGAAGGAAGAAUUUUUGGAAAGGGCUGAUAGCAUUGCAAACGUGGCGAAGGCAAGUGUGAAUAAAGGUGGGUGUUCGUAUAAAAAUCUAGACCUACUUAUCCAAGAUAUCAAGUCGAUGACAUUGUCAACAUUGCAGGGUUAG